AUGAUGCUCGAGGAGCCCGCGUACGCGUACGACGACGCCUCGGAGCGCCUGGCCUCGCCGGACGCGACGGCCCUGGAGCCGGCCACGGCGGCGUCCUUCGCGAAGCUCGAGCGCCCGUCGCCGCAGCCGCAGCGCCACCUGCUGGACGUGAACGCGCUGCAGCACCUGCUGCCCGGCCAGCCGCUCGGCGCGUCCGCGAAGCACCCCGUGAGCGACCCCGCGCGCGCGCGGCGCGCCGAGGAGGAGAUCCGGCGCAUGCUCAGCGACGACGGGCGGCUGCGCGUGCUCCAGCGGCGCGCGGAGCACGCCAUGCAGAUGGCCGCGGCGGCGCGGCGCGCCGAGGAGGUGGAGUCCGAGGCGUCGCGCGCGCUCGGCGGCGGCGGCUUCUUCGACGACGCCGACGAGCCCGCGCGCAGGGCGCCGAAGCCGGCCGCGGGCGCCGCGGCGGCGUCGGCGCGGGACGCGGCCUUCAUGGAGGCGCUCUCCCUGACGAACCCCAACGACCUGCGGCGCCUCGAGGCCGCCUACGACGACGCGUCCGCGGGCGCGGACCGCCUCGAGCGGUUCCUGCACCGGACGCUCCGCGAGUGCCGCCUCGAGGAGCGCAGCGACCGCGUGUCGCGCGCCGACGCCGCGCGCGCCGCCACCAAGGCCGCGAAGCGCCAGCUCCUCGGCGCCGGCACGACGGCCCAGGAGCUCAAGCGGACGCUCGACGCGUGCCGCCACGGCGCCGUCUUCCCCGGCGACGACGACGCGGCGCCGCCGCCGGCGCCCGCGCCGUCGCUCCGCGCCGAGGCCGCGGACCAGCGCCGGCGCAAGCCCAGCGACGUCUCCGCCGGGGCCUUCUGCCGGUCGCUCGGCCGCGCGGCGCGCGUCGACGGCGCCGCGCGGAAGCUCGGCGCGCGGUCGCUGCGGAACACGCAGUUCGGCGGCCCGACCGUCGACGUCGGCGACGUGGACCCGCGCAUCGGCGGCCUCCUCGCGCAGAGCCUCACGAGCCUCGGGCCCCGGUCGGCGAGCGCGCCCCUCGACGAGGCGAGCCAGCUGAGCGCGUCGCUCGGGUCGCGGCCGCCCGACGGCCUCCCGCGGCUCCAGCCCAUCCAGGCGCAGUCGAGCAAGCUCAGCAAGAAGUCGCUGCGGCGCAAGGCGCGGUCCGCGGCCCUGCGCAAGCAGGCGCGGCGGCGGACGCCGCCGGGCCGCCUCGCGCCGCUCGACGCGCCGACGCCCGCGCACGCGUCGCUGCGCGCCCAGCUGGAGGAGAGCCGGUCCAACUGCGCGGCCUUCGAGGCCGCGGUCAAGGCCGACGCGCAGUGGGCGGCGACGCACUGCCCGCGGCCCGAGCGGCCCCUCGACCCCGCGGGCCGCGCGCUGAGCGACGGCACGGCCGCGCUCUGCCGCCGCUGGGCCGCGGAGAAGCUCGCGGUAACGCUCGCGCGGCUCCGGCGCCAGCAGCUCUUCCGCGUGCUCUGCCGCUGGCGCGAGCACGCGGCGCUCGCGAGCAACGCGCACCAGGUCGCGCGCUACGCGCGCCUCGUGACCGCGCAGCGCUGCCUCGAGAUCUGCGAGGACUUCGUGCGGCGGAAGACGCGCGCGGCGCUCACGCGCUGGCUCUACGACGUCGAGCGCCAGCGCCUCGAGGAGGCGCGCGCGGCCGCGCUGCGGCUCCAGCGGCGCUGCCGCGUGUCCCUGUCCAAGAAGCGCGUCGACGGCCGGCGCGUCGAGGUCAACUGCGGCCGCAUCCAGAGCGGCUGGCGCUGCAAGCGCGCGCGCGCGCGCGCCGGCGAGCGCCGCGGCGCCGUGCUCCUCGACGGCGCGAGCAAGCGCAUCGGCGGCGCGUGGAAGAACCGCCGGUCCUGCCGGGGCGCGCGGUCCGAGGCCGACGCGCGCCGCCGGAAGCGCGAGGCGAAGCGGCAGAGCGACGGCGCGUCCGCGAUCCAGCGCCGGCUCCGGUGCCGCAACGCCGCGCGCGACGUCGAGGCGAAGCGCGGCGAGCGCGACCGCGAGGACGUCGCGCGCAAGCUCCAGGGCCUCCAGCGCUCGCGCGACGCCAAGGCCAAGGCCGCGGAGAAGCGCGAGCGCCGCGACGCGGCCAAGUCCCUGCAGAAGCGCGAGCGCGGCCGCCGCGAGCGCAUCAAGGCCGCGAAGCUCAAGACGGAGCGCCGCGAGACCUACAGCGCGUCGCUCAUGCAGCGCGCCCAGCGCGGCCGCACGGCGCGGCGCCGCGUGACGAAGAUCAAGACCGACAGGGUCGAGGGCGGCGCGGCGACGCUGCUCCAGUCCCGCCAGCGCGGCCACGCGGCGAAGAAGGAGGUCGCGAAGAAGAAGGAGGAGAUCGCCACGGCCGACGCGGCCGUCAAGGUCCAGGCCCAGCUCCGCCGCCGCGAGGGCGCCAAGGCCGUCGCCGAGAAGCGCGAGCGCGUCAAGAACGCGGCGCAGCACGACGCCGCGACGACGCUGCAGACGCGCCAGCGCCGCCGCGCGGCCGUCGUCAAGGUCGACCAGGCGCGCCUCGACAAGGCCGUCCGCGAGGCCGCGCGGACCGCCGCGGCGACGACGAUCCAGUGCGCGGCGCGGCGCCGCCGGGCCGCGGCGCGCGUCAAGGCGAAGCGCCGCGAGACGUCGGACCGCCGGCGCGUCGCCGCCGAGGCCGCGGCCGAGGCCGAGCGCCUCGCCGCCGCCGCCGCGGCGGAGGAGCGACGGCUCGCCGACGAGGAGCGCGCGCGCGCCGCGGCGGCCCGCGAGGAGGAGCUCGCGCGGCUCGACGCGGAGGAGCGCGCGCGCGUCGAGGCCGAGGAGGCGCGGCGCGAGGAGGCCGCGCGCGCGGCGCGCGAGCUCGAGGCCCGGAAGCUCGCGGCGUGCGGCGCGAUCCAGGGCAUGGCGCGCCGCGUCGCGGCCAAGGCCAAGGUCGCCGCGCGGCGCAGGGCCCACCGCGAGGCCCAGGCGGCCAUCGUCGAGGGCGGCGCCGCGGGCGCGCGCGCCAUCGAGGCGGAGACGGCCGCGGCGCGGGACGACAUCGCCGCGUCGCUGCUCCAGUUCAGCGCGCCGCCGACGCCCGAGGACGGCGCGCCGGCCGAGGCCGCGGCGGCGAAGCGCAAGGACGAGGCCUUCAAGAAGUUCCAGGCCGACGCGGACGCCAAGGCCGCGGCCGACGCCGAGGCCGCGGCGAGCCAGCCGGCCAAGGACGAGGCGAAGCGCCGGGCGGAGCAGGAGCUCGCGCUCGGCGGCGUCGAGCAGGCGCGGCGCGACUCGCAGCUGCCCGACCUCUCGCCGGCGAAGGACGAUGCCGAAGCAGCCGACGCGAAGGCCGCGGCGGACGCGAAAGCCGCGGCCGACGCCGAACCGGCAGACGCCAAGGCCGCCGCCGACGCCAAAGCCGCCGCCGACGCCAAGGCCGCCGCCGACGCCGAAGCGGCGGACGCGAAAGCCUCCGCCGAAGCCAAGGCCGCGGCCGACGCCAAGGCCGCGGCCGACGCCCGGGCCGCCGCGGACGCCGAGGUCGCCGAGGCCGAGGCGCGCGUCCGCGCCGAGGCCGAGGCGAAGAUCGCCGCGGAGGCCGAGAAGGCGCGCGCCGAGGCCGAGGCCGCCGCGGCGAAGCAGCAGGCCGAGGCCGACGCCAUCGCGGCCGCGCAGGCGGAGAUGCGGCGCGAGAUCGAGGCCGCGAACGCGCGGCUCGCCGAGGAGGAGAAGAUCCGCAAGAUCGAGGCGGAGGCGCGCGCGCGCGUCGAGAAGGAGAUGGCCGCGCGGCUCAAGGCCGAGCAGGAGACGCGGGCCCGCUUCGAGGCCGCGGAGCAGGAGCGGCGCCGCGCGGCCGAAGACGCGCGGGCCAAGGCCGACGCCGAGGCGCGCGAGAAGCAGGAGGCCAUGCUGGCGAUGCUCGAGGAGCGCGCCGCGCGGCUCCAGAAGCUCGAGGAGGAGGCCGUCGCGGCCGCGGAGGCGCGCGCCGCCGCCGAGGCCAAGGCCCGCGCGGACGCCGCGGCCGCGGCCGCGGCCGCGCCGCCGCCGGAGCCGACGCCGCGCGACGAGCCCGAGGAGCCCGCGCGGGCCGAGACGCCGACGAAGGAGCCGACGGCGCGCGAGCGCCGCGAGCAGAGCAAGCGGGCCAAGGCCGCGGCGGCCGCGCGCGAGAAGCCCGUCGUGCCGCCCCUGUCGUUCCGGAAGAUCGAGGGCAUCGCCAAGGACCAGGCCGAGCGGCUCAUCGAGGAGCGUAUGGAGGCGCUCAACGCCAAGUUCGCCGAGCUCGAGCACCGCGAGGACCGGCUCCGGUCCCUCGAGGCGUCCGUCGAGGCGCGGCUCAGCGGCUUCGAGGCGACGGCCGCGUCGCGCGACGCCGAGGCCGCCGAGUCGCUGAGCGCGCGCGACACGCAGCUCAUGACCGUCGUCGAGGACCAGAUCAGCGCGCGGCUCGAGGAGAUGGGCGCGCGGUCGCUCGCCAUCGAGGAGCGCCUCGACAGCUACCGCGAGGAGGCCCACGGCGCGUCCAUGGAGGCCACGGCCGCCGUCCAGACCGCGCGCGAGGCCAAGGACACGGCGCGCGAGGCGCGGGACCGCGCGGAGAAGGCCGCGUCGGACCUCGCGCUCGUGCCGCACCAGGCGCCCGCGUCGCCGUCGCGGAGCCGGACGCCGUCGCGGAGCGACCGCGCGCGGUCGCCCGCGGCCGGCGGCGCCGCCGGCGGCGCGCUCGCGGGCGCGUCCUACGCCGCGGACCACUGGGUCCAGUACUACGACGACGCGAGCGGCUCCGACUACUUCUACAACACGGUCACGGGCGACACGUCCUGGACCGAGCCGCCGGGCGUCUCCGUGCAGCGCGGCGACGAGCUCGCGGCCGCGCCGCUCUUCGAGGACGUCGACGAGCCCGUGAAGCUCCAGGAGGGCGAGUCGCCCUGGCUCGAGUACUGGGACGAGUCCGCCGGGAGCCGCUACUGGUACAACGUGCUCACGCACGAGGCGUCCUGGACCCAGCCGCCCGAGGACGACCUCGACGCGCACGCGCAGCAGAUCGUCGUGCCCCCGGGGCCGGACUGGACCGCGGCCAUCGACAACAAGUCGGGCCGCGAGACCUGGGUCAACGACGCCACGGGCGAGGUCCUCAAGUCCGCGGACGGCGACGCGGGCUCCCAGGCCUCGGGCACGGACCGCCGCGCGGCCCGGCGCAACCGCCGCGCGUCGAGCGCGGCCAAGCACUAG